GUAGCAAUGUCUGUUCUCCGGUGCUCUCUCCUCAUGGCGGCGGCUCUGGUGCUGUGCGCGACGGCGGUGCCCGGAGCCAAGGCUGUCACGAGGAAGUACCAUUUCGAUGUGCAAAUGACGAGCGUGACGAAGCUGUGCAGCACGAAGAGCAUCGUGACGGUGAACGGGCAGUACCCAGGCCCCACCCUGUUCGCCCGGGAGGGCGACCACGUAGAGGUCAACGUGGUCAACAACUCCCCCUACAACAUGAGCAUCCACUGGCACGGCGUCCGGCAGCUGCUCAGCGGCUGGUACGACGGCCCAGCGUACAUCACGCAGUGCCCCAUCCAGCCCGGCCAGAGCUACGUCUACCGGUUCCAGAUCGCCGGGCAGCGCGGCACGCUGUGGUGGCACGCGCACGUCUCCUGGCUCCGCGCCACCGUGCACGGCCCCAUCGUCAUCCUGCCGCCCGCCGGCGUGCCCUACCCGUUCCCGACGCCCGACCACGAGCUGCCCGUCAUCUUCGGCGAGUGGUGGCGGAACGACACCGAGGCGGUGAUCGCCCAGGCGCUCCUCUCCGGCGGCGCGCCCAACGUCUCCGACGCCUUCACCAUCAACGGCCUCCCCGGCCCGCUCUACGGCGGCUGCGCCGGGAAGAAGGAGGACGCGUUCACGCUGAGGGUGAGGCCCGGGAAGACGUACAUGCUCCGGCUCAUCAACGCCGCACUCAACGACGAGCUCUUCUUUGCCGUCGCCAACCACACGCUCACCGUCGUCGACGUGGACGCGCUCUACGUCAAGCCCUUCGCCGUCGACAGCCUCCUCAUCGCGCCCGGCCAGACCAGCAACGUGCUCCUCACCGCCAAGCCCACCUAUCCCGGCGCCAGGUACUACAUGUUGGCCCGGCCCUAUAGCACCACGCGCCCAGGCACGUUCGACAACUCCACGGUCGCCGGCGUGCUCGAGUACGAGCACGAUCCCUCCAGCCCCACCUUAAACAAGAACCUGCCUAUCUUCACGCCCACGCUGCCCCAGAUCAACGACACGAGCGCCGUGUCCAACUACACCGCGAAGCUGCGCAGCCUGGCGAGCGCCGCGUACCCGGCGGCGGUACCAUUAACCGUGGACCGGGAGUUCUUCUUCACCGUCGGGCUCGGCACGCACCCAUGCGCUGCCGGCGUUCCCGUCAACGGGAGCACGUGCCAGGGCCCCAAUGGGACGGCCCGGUUCGCGGCGUCCAUCAACAACGUCUCCUUCGUGCUCCCCACCACGGCGCUGCUGCAGUCGCACUACACGGGGAUGUCCGGCGGCGUGUACGCCUCAAACUUCCCCUUCGCCCCGGCGAACCCGUUCAACUACACUGGCACGCCGCCCAACAACACGAACGUGAUGAACGGGACCAGGGCGUUGGUGCUGCCGUUCGGCGCCGCCGUGGAGCUGGUGAUGCAGGACACGAGCAUCAUCGGCGCCGAGAGCCACCCGCUGCACCUGCACGGCUUCAACUUCUUCGUCGUUGGCCAGGGGUUUGGGAACUACGACCCGGCGAGCGACCCGGCCAGGUUCAACCUCGUUGACCCCGUCGAGCGCAACACCGUCGGCGUCCCCGCCGGCGGCUGGGUCGCCAUCCGCUUCCGCGCCGACAACCCAGGUGUGUGGUUCAUGCAUUGCCACUUGGAGGUGCACAUGAGCUGGGGACUGAAGAUGGCGUGGCUGGUGCUGGACGGCAACCGUCCGGAGCAGAAGCUCCCGCCGCCGCCGGCGGAUCUCCCAAAAUGCUAG